CUGCUUCAAGUUGUUUGACAGGCUUCGAAAGAUCAUCAACACAGGCCAAGCGGUAGUGGUCGUACAUGGGUUUAGAAGUCUUUCCUUUUUCUUCUUGUCUGGUUCCAAAGAAACAAGGAUAUGGGGAAAGAGGAAGAGUCCAACAAUCAGGCUGCUGUAGCCCCCGUUGUUGAACUGGAGGAAGAAGAAGGGGUUAACAAGAGAGAAACAUGGGGAAGAGCUUUUGACUUUCUCUUGGCUUGUAUUGGAUUUUCAGUCGGUCUUGGAAAUGUAUGGAGAUUUCCAUACCUGUGUUAUAAAAACGGAGGAGGUGCCUUCCUCAUUCCGUAUUUCCUAUGUGUCAUCUUCGGGGGUAUCCCGCUCUUCUACCUGGAGGUCGCCCUUGGUCAGUUCAUGGGCGUCGGAGGUCUGAAGGCAUGGAACGUUGUACCUCUGCUGCAAGGUAUCGGUAUGGCCACCGUCAUCAUCGUCUUCCUCCUCAACUGCUACUACAACGUGAUUCUGUGCUGGGCCUUCUACUACAUGUUCUCGUCAUUCACCACCACGUUGCCAUGGGCAACCUGCAACCACGACUGGAACACCGAGAACUGCUCCGAGAACUUCGUGACAGCAGCUAUGACCGGCAACGGCACCAACUCAACCAACCCCGACAGCAUCAUCACCAACCUGACUGACCUUAACAUCACUCGGUCUUUUGUAGACCCCGUGACGGAAUACUGGGAACAUAAGGUUCUGGGAAUCUCCGAUGGAUUGCACGACAUGGGUGGCAUCAAGUGGGAUCUCUGCCUCUGCCUCAUCUUCGCCUGGAUCGUCGUCUACGCCUGCAUAUGCAAGGGCAUCAAGUCAUCGGGCAAGGUGAUGUACGUGACUGCUACUUCCCCAUACAUCUUCAUGCUGUGUCUGCUGAUCAGAAACGCCCUCCUCGACGGCGCAUACGACGGCGUCAUUUUUUACCUGAAGCCAAACGUUGCUAAGCUAGCUGACAUUCAGGUGUGGGUGGAUGCUGGGACCCAGAUCUUCUUCUCUUAUUCCAUAUCACUGGGUGCGCUGACAGCGCUUGGAUCCUACAACAAGUUCCAUCACAAUUCCUACAGGGAUGCGGUCCUGUUCGCACUCACCAACAGUGGUACCAGCUUCUUCGCCGGCUUCAUCGUGUUCACCAUCUUGGGCUACAUGGCGAAGACCCAGGGCAGAUCUAUAGAAGACGUGGCCGAAUCAGGUCCGGGCCUGGCCUUCAUUGCCUAUCCUAAGGCUGUGGCUCAGAUGCCCGCGGCUCCUGUGUGGUCCAUCCUCUUCUUUCUCAUGAUCAUCUUACUGGGUCUCGACAGUCAGUUCGUGGGUGUUGAGGGUGUGAUCACGGCCGUGGUGGACCAGUAUCCCUCCUACCUCAGAAAGGGCUACCGCAAAGAGAUCUUCAUCGGCAUUGUGUGUUUCUUAUCUUUCCUUAUCGGCCUUUCCAUGGUGACAAACGGAGGGAUGUACGUGUUCCAGCUCUUCGACUACUAUUCAGGAAGUCGUAUUAUUCUUUUGGUGGCUUUCUUCGAGCUCAUCGCCAUCGGCUAUAUCUAUGGUGUAAACCGCUUCCUGGCCAACAUUGAGAUGAUGCUUGGCUGGAACAUCCUCCCUUUCAUGAAGAUCUGCUGGCUGUUUUUCUCGCCCCUUUUCUGCAUUUCCAUCUUCGUGAUGAGUGCCAUAAACUACUCGGAGCUGACCUACGAAAGGCCAUCAGUAGUGUACACCUACCCGGACUGGGCGGUAGCUAUCGGAUGGACAAUGGCGUGUUUCUCCAUCAUCUGGGUGCCCAUCAUCGCUCUCUACAAGUACCUCAAGUGCAGGGACUUUAGAGUGUUGUUACGUCCAACGGGCCUGAAACAACAUCAGAUGCGGCCGUGUGACUACGGGUACAAGACCUACGACGACGUCUUGAAAGAAAGGGCAGGGUUGACUACUACUACACAGUACGCUCCCCCAGCGGCAAGCAGAGACACGCCCCCGCCAUCGUACGAGAACCCAGCCUUCGAGAAGGGCAAGGAGUCCUACUAUACUCAGUUAUAAGCAGCACUGAAUAAGAUUACGAGAUAUAGUUAAUGUUGUAAAGCGAGAUGUUGCUCAACCGUAGCGUAAGGUUUGUUUUCAUUUAUUUUGUAAAAAUCCCUUUUUUGUUGUUAUUUUUAUCAUUUUUAAGCAAUCUUUUACAACUAUUUUCUAUUAAGUCGACCACAUUAAGAUAGGGUCUCAUAAUGCUUAUUGCAAUAUUGGUUUCCUGUUAAUAGAAUCUUCACGGGAACAACUGAAGCGUGUACACUCAGUUUCUGCCCAAUAUUUUAUUUCAAAUA